UGCAUGUUGUCAACAAACGUCCUUGUGUGACUGCCUUUCCCGUCGACGUCGUCUUUGUUGACAUAGUCCAUAAAGGAGAAAACGGCAUUUGUUACAUUAUAGACAGGUUUCGAACCUGUCUAAUUGCCAACAUUUAUCACUUCUUCGUUAUCUUGCAUCGACACAAGGAUUUACACAGACAUAUCGAUACGAUAAGAUAGCAAUAUGGGCCGAAUCUUCUUGGAUCACAUUGGUGGCACUCGCCUCUUCUCCUGUGCCAACUGUGACACUAUUCUGACCAACAGAGCAGAGCUGAUCUCCACACGCUUCACUGGAGCUACUGGCCGGGCUUUCCUCUUCAACAAGGUUGUCAAUCUACAGCACAGCGAGGUUCAAGACCGGGUCAUGCUGACCGGAAGACACAUGGUACGGGAUGUCAGCUGCAAGAACUGCAACAGCAAGCUGGGUUGGAUGUACGAGUUUGCCACAGAGGAAAGCCAGCGCUACAAGGAGGGCCGGGUCAUCCUGGAGAGGGCCCUGGUGAGGGAGAGCGAGGGUUUCGUGCACGUUCCCACGGAUAACUCUUGAAAAGUCACACGGGUUAGCGUUACAGUUGCUAAAGUCUGUGCAUACUACAGCUUCGCCUCAAACAGCAGUGCACUGACUUGCAUAUAUAGGAAGAGUCCCAACGAUGCCAAAAUAAUAUAUCACAGUUUUGGGGAGCAGGGGGGGGUUUAACAAGAAGAGUAAUUUACAACAUUGCUUCAAUUUCUCUUUAAACUGGCUUGAAUUUCAUUGUGUUCAACAGGCUUUGAUGUUCAAGGUGUGAUAUAAUCGGGGGGGCUGGGUGGAUUCAAGAAACAGUGAUAUGUCCUGGUGCACUCGUGCAUACAUGCUUGGGGCAGUUUGGACUGUUCAGUCUGAUGAAGUGAGGUGAAGGUCAUUUUGCACAACAUUCCUUCAGCGUGAAGUGAGGGUUGAAACUAUUUAUUUUUCCUACAUAAAUGUCAUACAGUAAACUAUUGUUCAUGGGUUUUUUUAUAUCUUCAUUUCCACUUUGAUAAGAUGACGAUCCAGAGUAUUUUUUUUUUGCAAAGGUUUCUCACCCAAUACAUUUUAGCUCUUGAUUUGAGUUUGACAGUUGCUCAAUGUAAUGGUAGUAUUUGAAUAAAUGCAUACUCAAGUGCAGAUUGUGCAUGUUAUACCUCAUUUAAUGAAAAAUAAUUACUGUAUUACUGUUGUCAAUAAAAGAAUGAAAUGCAUUUGUAGUCUUUAAUUUCUAAAGCAUUCUACAAAUACAAUAACAUAAAUAGCUCAAAAGAGUUUAAUUUGAGAGAUGAGAUCUAGCAACUUCCAUGGUUUUCGUGAUUUUGCCAAAAUCAUUUAUAUUCUUACAUGAAUAACUAUUACAUUGUAUUUCCAAAAAAUAUUUACUCUUAUGAGCUAUUUUUGUUUGUAGUCGGUCUAUUUGUUCAAACAACUGUACCUUUAAUUGUACAAGG